AUGGUACUUGUCGCGAUUGUUGAUCCAGCAGGUGCACCACAAGAUAUAACGUCGCGUGCCUUGCAGGUGCUGAUAACGAAGCUUUGGUCAUCUAACAACGUGGAGACGCAGCAAUAUCGGAAAGCCAGUAAAGCUCUCCUGGUGUUGAUACCACUUCUAGGAGUGACGUACGUGUUGGUCAUAGCUGGGCCCACCGAAGGUCAAGUCGCGAAUGCAUUCUCUUAUGCGCGCGCGAUUCUGCUUUCUUCGCAGGGAUUCUUCGUGGCGUUGUUUUAUUGCUUUCUUAAUACCGAAGUGCAGAAUACGGUUAGGCAUUAUUUCGCACGAUGGAGCACCACGCGAAAUCUUGGCACCCGCCGGAGGUAUUAUAACAAUUGGUCCCCUCGUUCGAGAACGGAGAGCAUAAGGUUGUGCCAACCGUCGAAUCCGUAUCAAAAGCGGGAGUCUACGGUAAGUGAGACUACCACUACGACAGUGAUAGGCCUGAAUUCCACCACGAUGUUCCUCGAUAAAUCCAAAAGAGUUAUUUCGGAGGAUCUGAACGAGUGAGACAAGAUUCACGAGAGAGAGAAGUUUCAACGUGGAACAAAUCCCAUCGCGUUGUCACAAUAUUGCAGAUAUUACAUCGUCGGCGUCGGUAGACUGUGUUGUUUACAAAUGGCGGGCACUUGCAGCCAUGCAGCAUUGUCUGAAAAUUGUCACGAUCCGCCACACGCUUUCUCCGAGAUUCGGCUUUUCUCGCUUCAAGGAGAAUAUGUAUAUAACUUGCUAUAAUAAUAAUAAUUCAAUGACAUUAAUUUA